UGUUGUCCGCACCAUGUUUAAAGAGCUCACCGUGCGCUCUCUGGUUACGCGCCUGACUCCACCUUUUGAAUGCUGGCCUAGAUGUGAGAUGUGUCCGCCCUUCCGUCGAGAGGGAACUCUCUGACGCAAAGAAACCAGAGCAGGCAGACGUCAGUGUCAAUUAGGCAUUUUAAUACCACUGUUUUACUGAAACUCUACGUCCUCUCGCACUAAAUUAUCCGCGUUUGGUGACUGUAGGGCAGACGGUGUUUCACAGCUAGCUACCGAGAGCGACAGACGAGAGGAAAAUAAGCGGAGUGUUACCUGGGUUUUGGCAUGGCUGAUCUGCUGAGACUGCUGCUCCGGGUGGCUGAGAAAGCGGCGAACGUGGCUCGGGUUUGCAGGCAGGAGGCUCCCCUGUUUCAACUCCUCAUUCAAGAGAAGACCGGAGAUGACAAGAACAAGAAGUUCUUCCAGGACUUCAAGACGCUUGCCGAUGUGGUGAUCCAGGAGAUGAUCCGGCAUGAUGUUGGCGCUCAGUUCCCUGAAAUGGCUGGCUUCAUUCAUGGAGAAGAGUCCAACAAAUUUGAAAAUGGGCUUGGAGAGAGCGUGACAGUCACAGUGUGUGGUACAAAGGAGGAGACCGCAGCGUUGCUGGCCACGGUGCUGGACGGUGACCAUACAGCGGCGUCUCUGCUGGCUCAAGCUAUCCACCAAGAUCCAGCGACCAUCGACGCUAACACAGACGGUCUGACGGUGCCCCUCAGCCCCUCUGAGCUCGGCAUCUGGAUCGACCCCAUAGAUGCCACCAGCCAGUACAUAGAGGGCAGAGAGGAGGUGCUGGAGGAGGGCCACCUGUCUCCUUCGGGGCUGCACUGUGCUUUGGUCCUAAUCGGGGUUUAUCUCCGGAGCACAGGCGAGCCCGUCAUGGGCGUCAUCAACCAGCCAUUUAAUAACAAAGACCCAUCAGGUGGAGGCUGGAGGGGGAAGCAUUUUUGGGGGGUGUCCUGUGGCAGCAUCAAUGUCUGCUCAGUGUCCCGGCCAAAAGAUGAACUAGGAACAGGGCUGUCCGUGGUGUUGAGCUGUAGUGAGAAGCAGGUGGUAAAGGAAGCCCUGACCUCUGUGUGCGGCCCUGACAAGCUGAUGUACGCCUCUGGAGCCGGCUACAAGAUCCUGUGUGUCAUUCAGGGCCUGGCUGAUGUUUACGUCCUCUCAGAGGGUAGCACCUUCAAGUGGGACUCCUGCGCACCUCACGCUCUGCUCCAAGCCCUCGGAGGGGGAGUGGUGGACCUGACUAAGUGUCUACAGUCCAGCUCUGAAGCGCAGGAUCACCAGAACGACCUGACCUAUCAUCAGCCUUCCGUUGAGUGUAAAGGAGCAGAGCGCUGGGCUAACCAUGGCGGCCUGGUGGCUUAUCGAGACUCUUCUCAGCUCCUCAACAUUAUCAGCACUCUGAAAGACAAGCUGUAGUUACAAGAGCAGUGGAUGUAAUCAGCACAAGCUGAAGCAGUUAUUACUGCAUAUAUGAUCAUAUUCAUUAAUUUCAGGUUAAAAGUUGUUUUUUUUGGGUCAAUAUACGAAGAGAGCCGGAAAAGAAAAAACUAUCAAUGCGCCAGGGAGUGGAUGUCAAAAAUGUGACAGGAAACAUUUUGCAACUACUGAUCUCCAUCAGAAUGUUUCUCAGUCAAUUUAACUGACUUCUAUGAGCUGCGAUGAUCCAAUAUGUUGCCAUAAUUUGUGAAUUUUGUUUAGCUCUGACCUGAUCAUCAUUUAUUAAACAUAGCUUUGUGACUGUGUGUCUACAGACAAAUGUUAUUUAGAAGAAAGAAAAUUGCUCACUGCUGGGCAGCUGAGGAACGCUUCACUGCCAGAGGAAAUAUUUAAAGAUGGCUUCUGACUGAUCUGAAGGAUUUCUUUGGGAUUUAAAGGAGUUUAAGUUGCAGUUUUUAAAAGUGAUAUUUAAAUGUGUCCACCCUAUCUAACCUGUAAAAGGUUAUAAGUCAAGUGAGUGACUCAGUAAUCUGCACCUCUCUGGAACAACUCCUUUUAAGGAGCAGAGGGGUAGACGUGCCCUCUUUCUGUGGCCAAAGUACCAUCAGAGGUCAGAGAAUGGAAAAGCCAUAUGAGGUAAAACAGUGACAGUGUGGGUCUACAGUCAGAUGUAAUAAUGAAGAAUAGGACCUAUGCAAGCUCCUCCAAAGAACUGAAACUGAUUCUUACCAAGAUGUUUGUAAUGACAUGUAAUCUUUUUGUCUGUUUAAAUGGUAUAGCUUUGAUAUGAAAUUGUGAAAUAAUUUAUGUAUAAGCCUUCUGGACAUAAAACAGAAACAACAAUGUG